GUUUGACAAUAUGAUUGGUGGGUCCCACUGUUUAUCUCAUUUUUUACCGAUAUUUGAUGACCAACUUGUUUGCCCUAGUUCAGAGUUUUCAAAGUUGGGGGUUAGGGUUCUCUUCAAUUCAAAACCACAAUACCACAAGGCUUUCUCUCAUUCCUGCAAUUCCUUCUUGAAAUUAGUCGAGGGGAAAAGAUUGUGGGUGUUUGUGAGUUUAUUCGCAUGGAAUCUUCCUCUAAUUCUGGAGGUGGACCUGGUCGAGCCUCUGCUGGUGCAAGUGAUGGUGCAAUGGCGAGAACAGUUGUGAGGGAUGUUGGGUUGGUUGAGCACAACUAUGAAGGUCCUCAAAUGUACUGUGAUUGUGGCUUCAAGGCACCAAGGUGGACUUCAUGGAGACCAUGGAGCAUUGGGAGACGAUUUUAUGGUUGCCGGCACUUCUUGAAUGAGGAUUUAAAGUGCCCGUAUUUUGUUUGGCAUGACUUGGAAUUGUCCCAUGAGAGAGCCAUUGAGCUACUAAAGUUGUUGAUAACCGAGAAAAAGGCUCUUACAACAGAAAAUUCAGUAUUGAGAAGGCAAUUAAGAAACAGAGUGAAUGGAGGUGCAGUUGUUGAGUCAAGCCACACCAUUUCUACAACAGCUGAGGACACCAUACAAAAAUUUGAUGAAAUUAUUGAGAAAACUGUGGCAAAUGCUAUGAAUGAUAUUGUUGAAAGGAAAUUUGAUGUCUUAAUUGCAGCCUCUGUUGGUGUUGAGCUCAAAAAAUUAAUGGUUCAUAUUGUAUUUGGUGUCUUUAUUAUAAUGGUUGUGUAUUUGAUGUUUUGGGUGUUGUUCUAAGUGGGUAGGUGGUGUUUCAAGCGUAAAUGUAUGGCCCUUCUUUUGGUGUUUUGUGGUCAUAUGUGAUGACCAAAAUUUUGGAAGCUUUGAGAACAUGCCUAUAAACCAUUGUAAUGUAAUUGAAUAAGUUAUGCAGCAAUGGAAAAAGGGCUCUUCUCCAUUUGUAAAGCUAUUUGUAAAUCAAGACAUAAAUAAUAAAUACUUAGGUUUUUG